UGCCACCACCACGACAGCGGCAGCUGCAGCCUCCCCCGGCCGCCGCCGCCGCUCCAACACCACCACGGCCCGGACGAAAGGCGUCGUCAUUGCCGUGUUACGUCAUUGCCGUGGCGCUGAGGUCACGCACGGCGCGGCAGCCGGCGUGGGUCCUUCCCUGAGGAUGCGUGCUGCGCCGGGGACCGUCCCCUAUAGAUCAGGCGGGCAGGAGCGAUAGGAAAGCCCGAGAUGAGCGUGGAUUUGGGGAAGAAUUUUCCCCCAGUCAGUGUUUUCUGCAAUACCAGUAGUUGCUUAACAGACAUGGCUUCUUCACCGCGUCCCCGCAGCGACUCUCCACGGGAGGAUGGGGAACUGGAAGAAGGGGAGCUGGAGGACGAUGGAGGGGAGGAGGCGCAGGAUCCCUCCGAGUCUCAAGAGAGGGGUCGGAAGGAGAAAGGGGAGAAGCACCACAGCGAUUCGGAUGAUGAGAAAGCCCAUCGGCGGAUGAAGCGCAAGCGCCGGAAAGAGAGAGAGAAAGAGAAGAGGAGAUCCAAGAAAAAAAGGAAAUCCAAACACAAACGCCACGCUUCUUCCAGCGAUGACUUCUCUGAUUACAGCGAGGACUCAGACUUCAGUCCUGGUGAAAAGGGACACAGAAAGUACAGGGACUACAGCCCUCCCUACUCAUCCUCCCACCAGCAGUACCCGUCCUCUCACGGCGCUCCCAUGCAAAAGAAGGGCUACUCGAAAAUGGAGAGCAAGAGCUACGGCAUGUAUGAGGACUACGAGAACGAGGAGUACGGUCAGUACGAGGGGGAGGAGGAUGAAGAUAUUGGGAAGGAAGAUUACGACGACUUUGCGAAGGAGCUGAAUCAAUACCGGCGAGCGAAGGAAGGCUCUCACCGGGGGCGAGGUGGCCGUGGCCGGGGCAGAGGGUACCGCGGGCGAGGUGGCAGGGGGGGGAUGAGAGGAGGCCGAGGCAUGGGCCGAGGAAACCGGGGGCGAGGCCGAGGCGACCACCCCGAGGAAGAAGAGGAAAUGUACGACGAAGAGAUGGAGUACUGCGAGAACGAGGAGCCCAUCGGCGACGACGACUACGACGAUUACUCGAAAGAGCUGAACCAGUACCGCAGGAGCAAGGAGAACCGUGGGCGGGGUUUAAACCGAGGACGUGGUCGCGGCCCCAGGGGAAGAGGAAAUAAAGGAAUGGGCAGAGGCCGAGGCCGAGGUGGAAACAGAAGUGGAAUGGGGAAAGGUGGUGGAAUGAAUGAGGACGACGAUUACUACGAUGAGGACAUGGGAGAUGGAGGAGGUGGUGGAAAUUACCGGCGGAACGACCACGACAAGCCCCACCAGCAGUCGGAUAAGAAGGGGAAAGUGAUCUGCAAAUACUUCGUGGAAGGCAGGUGUACCUGGGGCGACCACUGCAAUUUCAGUCAUGACAUUGAGCUACCAAAGAAACGGGAACUGUGCAAGUUCUACAUCACCGGCUACUGCGCCAGGGCUGAAAACUGCCCUUACAUGCAUGGGGACUUCCCUUGCAAGCUGUUCCACACCACGGGCAACUGUAUCAACGGGGAUGACUGCAUGUUUUCUCACGAUCCCCUCACGGAGGAGACGCGGGAGCUUCUGGACAAGAUGCUGGCGGACGACGCCGAAGCAGGCGCGGAGGAUGAGAAAGAAGUGGAAGAGCUAAAGAAACAGGGCAUCAAUCCUCUCCCCAAACCACCCCCGGGGGUCGGCUUGCUUCCCACACCACCUCGCCCUCCCGGACCGCCGGCUCCCACGUCUCCCAACGGGAGACCCAUGCCCGGAGGCCCUCCCCCCCCGCCCCCGCCACCGCUUCCACCCCCGGGGCCGCAGAUGCCGCCACCGAUGCACGAGCCGCUGUCACCGCAGCAGCUGCAGCAACAACAGGACAUGUACAAGAAAAUCCCUUCGCUCUUCGAGAUCGUCGUGCGGCCGACCGGGCAGCUGGCGGAGAAGCUGGGCGUGAGGCACCCAGGGCCGCCUCCCCCCAGGUUCCCCGGGCCAGGUGGACCCCCAGGCCCGAUGCCUGGACCCAUGCACCCCGACAUGCACCCCGACAUGCACCCGGACAUGCACCCCGACAUGCACCCUGACAUGCACCCCGACAUGCACCCCGACAUGCACCCCGACAUGCACCCCGACAUGCCGAUGGGCCCGGGGAUGAACCCCGGCCCCCCCAUGGGUCCCGGCCCCCCCAUGAUGCCCUACGGACCCGAUGAUUCCCCCCACUCCGGCAUGAUGCCGCCCGUCCCGCCGGCGCAGGGUUUCUACGAUAAUUUCUACCAGCAGCAGGAAGGUUUGGAGAUGGAUCACGGCAUGAUGGGAGACCCAGAAGACUACGGCGGUUACGAGGAUAUGGAAGGGCCUCCCGGAGAGCACAUGUUCCCCGAUCCGGCCUUGGAUCACGAUGACUUGUGCGAAGGAGGCCCGCCCGGCUUGGCAAAAGCCCCAGGCAGCAUCCCGGAUUUCAUGCCGUCGGCACAAAGAGCGCUUUACCUGAGAAUCCAGCAGAAGCAGCAAGAGGAGGAGGAGAGAGCUCGGAGACUCGCCGAGAGCAGUAAGCAGGAACGCGAAAAUGAGGAAGGCGAUACCGGUAACUGGUACUCCAGCGACGAAGAUGAGGGUGGAAGCAGCGUCACCUCCAUUUUAAAAACCCUAAGGCAGCAAAGCUCGGGCAGACCUCACGCCCAGCCCUCCCACGCCGAAAUCGGACCACCCUCCGGUGUGAGCGACCCUCGCCUGCAGAAAGCCCAGGCGGGAGCGAGCGGUCGUCCUGCCGACCCGCGCCUACGGGAUCCCAGGCUUUCCCGAAGCGCCGACCUCCCCGUCCCGGCUCUCCCCGGUGAUUCGGGACCCACCGACCCCCGGCUCGCCCGACACAUUCCCUCCUCCGCCCCCAAACCAGAAGCUCCUCAUUCCGGCGGCGGCCAGAAGCCCCCCUUGCUCCCCGACGAGGAGGAAGGCGAGAGGGCUUUACGGGAUAAACCGGUCAGCAUCCCCUUGGAUGCCCUCCCGGGCCAUUCCCUGCGGGACCCCCGCUCCCAGCUCCAGCAGUUCAGCCACAUCAAGAAAGACGUCGUCCUCACCAAACCCAACUUUGCCCGGAUGAUCCUGUGGAGCCCGGAGGAUCUGAUCCCGUUACCGAUCCCGAAGCAAGAGUUUAUUCCCGUCCCGGCCGCCCUUCAAGCCAUGCCCACCCUCGACCCGCGUCUUAACAGACCCCAGGCGGCGCUUUCGGAUCCCAGGCAGAGGGGGGGGGCGGCGUCGGGGGACGCCGGCUCCUCCUCGGGCACCGGCCUCCCCGACUUCGAGCUCCUCUCGAGGAUCCUAAAGACUGUGAGCGCAGCCGGCAGCCCGUCCGCUUCCGGCCAGAGCGACAAGCCCAGCGACCCUCGGGUGCGGAAACCCCCCGCCGACCCCAGGCUGCAGAAACCCUCGGAGACGGCCGGGCCGCGAAUCCCUAAAGCCACCGAGGCGCCGGCCGCCGGCGACGCCGCCCCGGCUAUCGCUCCCUACGACCCCCGGCUGCUGACGGCCGGCGGGCUGAGCAAGGGCAGCGGGCAGAGCAGCGUGCUCAGCGCCAUCAGCCUCUACGACCCCCGGACUCCGAGCUCGGGCAGCAAAGCUUCCGAGUCUCCCAGCGAAGGGAACUCCUCCUCGAAGUCCUCAGAUUCCGGCAAAACCCCCGGGAAAACCAAGGAACCCCUCUUCGUCCGGCGAUCGGCGUUGGACCAACCCGAACCGGAGAAGGCGAGCGCCGACUCCGCCACGGACAGGUACAACAGCUACAACCGGCCGCGUCCCAAAGGCGCCGCCGCCCCCCCGGCUCAGGACGCGCCCCCCCAGCCCGGGGUACACAACCUGCCGGUGCCCCCCGUUUACGGGAUGGUCAAGCAAAGCGCCAAAUCGGGACCGGGGAGCCCGUUUGCCGGGAACAGCCCGGCGCGGGACGGCGAGCAGCAGGACGCCGCCUCCCUCAAAGACGUCUUCAAGGGCUUCGACCCCACCGCCUCCCCUUUCUGCCAGUAGGACCCAGAGCCAGCGGGACCCCCCGCGCCCCGGCCCCGGUCCAGCGCAGGGCUGGUAAUUCCAUUUCUUUUUUUUUGGGGGGGGGUGGAAGGGGGCGUAUUUGGGUUUGGUUAUUGGGUUUUUUUCCUUUUUAAUUCCACUAGCGCUCACUUUAGCCAUAUAACGUGUACGUAAAUCCCGGUUUCUGCUGUAACUAAAGAAAAUUCCACCCCCACCCCCCCCCCCCAGCCGCCUUUUAAAAGAAGAAUCUCUGCGAUAACAACCAGCAUUUUCUUUAUUUUAGAGCUUUUUUUUCCUCCCCCCCCCCCCAAAAAAAAAAAACCAAAACCAACCCAACCCAACCCAAAACCCAAUCAAAAUCACCCCGUGUGGGGGAACAAGAAGAAUCUCCGCGUUUCAAAGAGCGACGCUCGCGGAGGAUCAGUUACCGAUAUUCUUCAUUUCUUGCUUUAAAAAGCCGCGCCGAUGGGUCGUGGGGGGCAUUUUUACACCGGAAUUAACUAAAAAUCUUUGUAUUAUAGUCUUUUUCUAAAAUUCUGCUGUGGCGAACAGGAGGAACCAUAAAAAAAAAAAAAAAAAAAAAACACAAAACCCCCCCAGAACCCCCCGUGAAAUUGCUUUUGUAAUUGUGGGGAGGGGGCAUUGCUGGGUUCUUUUGAUUUUUUUUUUUUUUUUUUUUUUUUAUUGGAAGUAAAUAUUUUUAUGCCGUUUCUUGGAGAUUUUGGAAACAACCAGGGCUGCGAAUCCCCGAGAAGGUGACAAAAUAUUUACAGCCCCCAAAAGUUUUGCAGUCUACCAAAAAAAUAAAAAAAAAAAUAAAAAUAGAAGUUUGUAUUAUUGAAAUUAAAUUAUUAAUCUCAAAUUAUUUCGCUCCUAUGUAUUUUGCAUCCAGAAAAGGGGCUUUUUUUCCCCAAAAAAAAAGGCAGGUCUGCGCUUGGAAGCUCUCGGUGUCUUUUUUUUUUUUUUUGCCGUUGUCAAGACGAAAUUGUCCUUCCCAGCACGGGAUGGGAUUGGAAAAUGGAGCUAAAAUCCAAUUCCAGCUGGAAAAAACAUUUUUUGGGGGGGAAAAAACCACAUUUCGGAGCAGCCAGCGCCGAGGUGACUGCGAUCCGUGCGAAACCCCCCCACUCGUUCCUUUGCAGCGAUAAACUCCCCAUUUUGUUAUCGCUCCUUCAAAUUCACGAUGGGGUUUUCUCAACCCGUCGCCCCACAGAUUAUUUUCCCUCGGCGUUUCGAGCGGCCGGGGGUUGCUUUGAGCGGGGAAAAAACCUGAACUUUUUGUAAAAUGAUUUAUUACUAUUUUAUUUUAUAGGGAUUUAAAAAAAAAAAAAACAAAACACACACAAAAAAAAAACAAAAACAAAAAAACAAAAACCAGCUAUCGAAGCCGGUCGGGUUUUUUUUUCCGCCUCCGGAGGUUUCGAAGCAGCGCGAUUGUAAUAAAUGUGUAAAUAAUU